AUGGACGCGACACACAGAGCCGAGAACCCCCGCAAGAGGCGACGAAGAAGGCGGCUUGACCGCCCGCCCGUCUCGGCGCGCCUGCUGCUCGACGACCGCACCCCGGGUGAGAUUGGCGUGCUGUCCGAGGACCUGUUCAAUGAUUUAUUUCCUGCCUCCAAGGGCGGCAGCGCUGGCACGAAUGGAGACGCCCUCGAGUCGCAUCGCAUCCGGUACGUUGCCAUGACCCCGUGGCUGCCCACGUCGGUCGUCGCUUCCAACACCACGCCGUGGACCAUCUUCCCCGUGCGCGCGGCUGGGAACACCGAGAACGGCACCGCGCGCGCCCACUCGUCGAUUCACCUCCCGGCCUCGUCGCUGGCCCUGCAGUCCUUCUCCCACAUCCUGCAGGCCGUCGCCCCAAACAGAGCACAGAGAAGGGAUGCGCCCAUCGAGGUGCGUGUAUACGACGUCGUCCCCGUCGGCCUGGACACGCUCUAUGUCAACCUGGACACGGAAGCCCUGAGGAAGCUCGACGACGUGCACGCCAAGUUUGGCGGCGGCUUCAUUCCUCAUGUCAAUGGCGCCGCACGCAGUCCCAGGAGCCGACCCUUGGAAGCGAACGGCGCCCGGGGGAAACACGUCGAUGCUGCUGCCCAGGAAGACGUCUGGCAGAAGGCCGUACGCGAAGCCCUGCAACUCCCGACUGUCCUGCACACCGGCGACUUGCUCCCGCUGAACCUCCCGGCCCACCCCAUAACCCACGUCCCGCCCCCUCCGGCCAAAAUCACUGCUUGCGAGCCCUUCUCGCAGGGCCUGCUUCUGCCAACCACGCGAAUUGUCAUACUGCAGUCACACCGCAGCAGCUCCAAAAAGCCCGUCCUUCUCCCCCCGGUGAAGCAGGCCAAUGGCUUCGGCGACGACGACGAAGCCGACGACACUUCAAAUGAUACAUUUUACUCGGCUGCAGAGGACCGCUCUGACUCGCGCAACCUAUCUGCCCCCGAAGACGAGUCCGCCGAUAAUUUCGAAUCAGAGCUCUUGGAAAGCGAUGCGGGGGAUUUGUCCGACGAGUCCGACGACAUCAUCUCGCUCAAUGCGCCCAUGCUGCCGCCUCAGUCGUCCGGAGUGCUGUCAUCCUUUACCUCUGCCACGCCGCGACCUGGCAACUUUCGCACAAACGGGAUCGCUACCCCAGGAUCCGUGUAUUCGAGCUUUACAGCCACUACCGCCCGCGGCCCCACCAGCAGGAGCAAAGUCUUCAAGGCCCAGGGACUCCUUCAAAGCGUCCCAGAUGAUCUUGUCCACCCAAAGCCCGGAACCGAGGACGACGAAGAGGCUCGUGUAUUUGUCGACAUCAACACGCUGGUCAAGGUCGGCUGCUUCUCCGGCGACUGGGUCAAGAUUGAGGGCACCGAAGCGCCCUCUUCGCAUCCUCUCUUUGGUCUGGGUGGCUUCGGCGGCGUAGAUGAUGAGGACAACUCCAACUGGAGACCUGUCAGGGUCUUUGGCCUGCCAGAGAACAUGUCCAAGAAGGUCGCACGCUACCCGGUGCAAAAGAGCUCUGAGCUUGACCGAAGAAGCAGCUUCUCGGGCUUUUCACAGCCAACGUCGUCACUCCAUGCCUAUCUCUCACCGAUCCUCCUUGCUAAUUUGGGAAGCCCGUCCCAUCUGCGCAUCACGCCCUUGGCCCCCAACCAGUCUUCACAUCUCCCUAGAAGUACCCUCCAGAAGCCUCGUUUGACCGGCUCCUCGCUACCGCCUCCCGCUAAAGAAGUCACUCUCUUGAAAGUGUCGACGCCACUAUCAUCUGACCGGCUACUGCAACCCAGUCUCUUCGCGGCUUUGAAGGAUCACUUUGAGCAGAAGCGACGAGUGGUCAAGAGUGGUGAUCUCAUCGGCGUCUCGAUCGACGAGUCUCUUGGUCGCGCCGUUUUCCAAUCUAGCACUGAGGAGGAUGCCGGGAGCGAAGAGUUGCUGGCCAAGGCCAAACCACGCGCCAGCGAGCAGAGUGGAGUUAGCAGCCGCAACCCAAAGGUCGUCUCUUGGUUCAAGAUUGGCAACGUCUCUGUUUCAUCGCAUUCGUCUCCUGAUGGUGAAGAGGCUGAUGUGUGGGGUGGCGCCGUGACUGUGGACGCUGCCAGCACAAAAAUGGAGAUGCAUGGCAGCGAGCAGGGCAAGACUCCGGCUCCUAUCAACAAUGCGUGGCAGUACUACCUGGGCGCCAAGCGAGCGCCUGUAUCGGCUUCCCAAAAGACAAUGACCAUGGAUGACCUACCCAAGCCCUACAUCUCACCGCUUCGGCGACGGUUACGAGAACUCAUGUCCGUAGCGACGAGUCCCAGAGCCAUUCACCUGGGCCUGCCGCCCAUUGCAGUUUUGAUUACCUCAACCCAACGUGGCAUUGGUAAAUCUACUAUUGCGACAAAAGCUUGUGAGGAUCUCGGCCUGCACACAUUCUCCAUUGACGCUUUCGACAUUGUGACAGAGGGUGGUGCUGGAGGGGGCGACGUCAAAACCGAAGGAUUCCUCAAAGCAAGAGCGGAGCGAGCGUUGACAUGCGGUGCCGAAUAUACAGCGCUGCUUGUCAAGCACAUUGACGCGCUGAAUGCGGAUCGCAUGAACACUGCACUGAAGGAGAUAUUGGCCGACUCCCGCGUGCUGAUUGCAACUACCACGGAAAUCGACAAGGUGCCCGAAGGCAUCCGAGGACUCUUUACGCAUGAAAUCGACAUGACGGCUCCCGAUGAAGCAGAGAGAGAAGGCAUUCUGAGGAGUAUCAUCGACGACGCUGGCAUACGGCUGUCGCCCGACGCUGACUUGGGCAAUGUUGCAGUCAAGACUGCAGCACUGGUGGCAGGCGAUCUCGUGGACGUGGUUGAUCGGGCAUUGGUCGCUAAGCAGCAACGUCUCGAGGCCAUUGCCACAGCUGCUACAAAAGCAUCAAAGUCGGCAGAUGCCGUCACUCUGCGCGAUAUCGAGCUCGCCGGUGGCCAUUUAAGCAGUAGUCUUACUAAGGCUGACCUGGACGGUGCGGUGGAUGCAGCGCGCAAGAACUUUGCCGAUGCAAUUGGAGCCCCCAAGAUCCCAAAUGUAGGCUGGUCAGAUGUCGGUGGUCUCACGCACGUCAAAGACGCAGUCAUGGAAACCAUUCAGCUGCCGCUGUCGCGUCCUGAGCUAUUCGCCAAAGGCAUGAAGAAGCGUAGCGGCAUUCUGUUCUACGGCCCACCAGGAACGGGAAAGACACUACUUGCCAAGGCCAUCGCUACAGAGUUCUCGCUUAACUUCUUUAGUGUCAAGGGCCCGGAGUUGCUCAACAUGUACAUUGGUGAGUCUGAGGCCAAUGUGCGGCGCGUCUUUCAGCGUGCUCGUGAUGCUCGACCCUGCGUCGUCUUCUUUGACGAACUGGACUCGGUUGCGCCUAAGCGAGGCAAUCAGGGCGACAGCGGCGGUGUCAUGGACCGCAUCGUCAGUCAACUCUUAGCCGAGCUUGACGGCAUGAGUGAUGGGGGAGAGGGUGUUUUUGUCAUUGGUGCAACCAACCGUCCAGAUCUACUUGACCAGGCACUGCUGCGACCCGGUCGCUUCGACAAAAUGCUGUACCUGGGCGUAUCCGAUACGCAUGAGAAGCAGCAGACCAUUCUAGAAGCCCUGACAAGGAAGUUCACCCUACAUCCCUCACUCUCCCUUAAGCGAGUUUCGCAAGGGCUGCCCUUUACAUACACAGGCGCAGACAUGUAUGCCCUGUGCUCGGAUGCUAUGCUCAAAGCCAUCACUCGCAGUGCCAAAAUGGUCGACGACAAGGUCAAGGCCUACAAUGAAGCGCACUCGUCCAACAUUUCCAUUGCAUACUUUUUCGAUCACAUUGCUACCGAGGAAGACACGGCAGUCAUGGUAACAGAGGAAGACUUUGUCGAAGCCCACCAGGAGCUAGUACCCAGUGUUAGUGCGGACGAACUGCGCCACUAUGACCGCGUGAGGAGACAGUUUGAAGGAGCUGGAAAGAAGGAAGAAGAGAAGACAGGUGGUAAUCAAGCUCUCCAGCCGGCUGUAAACGGCAAGGGCAAGGGGAAGGCUGCAGUACCAAUCGACGACGCAGAAACAAUUGUCAUUCGGGCCGAAAAGCUUGACCUCAACGGCGAGGGCGGCGCGGGUGGUAGUCGAGGAAACGGAAAAUCCUCGGUCUCCAGCCACGUAGGCAAGAGCAGUGUUGACAUUGCCGAGGGUGGCUUCGGCGAUUCUACAGAGGACGGGGACCUGUACUCUUGA